AUGUCUUUCUCCAGCAGCUCACCUGCAGCCAACCCGUUCCUAGUGGACUCUUUGAUCGGCGCAUGCCGGACGGACAGCUUCUACUCUAACGGCAGCAUGUACAUGCCGUCCGGUUCGGACAUGCACGGGACAUACGGAAUGCAAACUUGUGGACUCUUGCCGAAUUUUGGUAAAAGAGGAGAUGUUGCCCCCCAAAACACUUCCAUGAACGUCCACUCAUAUAUACCUCAGAUAGACACCUGGGCUGAUCCGAGCAGAACCUGCAGAUCAGAGAUGUCAAACUGCACGUUUCCACAGAGCAUCAAGGAAGAGAGCAACUGCUGCAUGUACUCAGAUAAAAGAGUCCACAAAGAGGGAUAUUCCAAUCUCAUUAACGAACCGUGCGCCGUGGACGGUCCGGAGAUCCCGGUUCCGGGCUACUUCAGACUAAGCCAAGCUUACGCUAACGGGAAGCAGCCGGAAAACUACUGCCAGGAGCCUCGAAGCCCGACACCGACGCUUGCGCAGCUCGGUCGGGUCACGCCGAAACCGCAGCACGUCUCCUCCUCCUCUUCCUCUGGAUUUGCAGAAGCGGAAAAUAGCGCCCGGGAACCAGAAAGGAUCACCAGCACACCGAUUCCAAGUGAAAGCCCGGACCCAAAGUCGGGCUCGGAUGAGAAAACAGAAGAGUCCAGACCCGAGCUGCUGCAGCAGAAGGAAGGGAAAGCAGAGUGCAAGACUGAGACGCUGACAAACAACUGGCUUACGGCGAAGAGCGGCAGGAAGAAGAGGUGCCCCUACACCAAGCACCAAACCCUGGAGUUAGAGAAGGAGUUCCUGUUCAACAUGUACCUGACCCGGGAGCGCCGCCUAGAGAUCAGCAGGAGCGUCAACCUGACCGACAGACAGGUCAAGAUCUGGUUCCAGAACCGGAGGAUGAAACUGAAGAAAAUGAACCGGGAAAACCGCAUCCGAGAACUGACCUCGACUCUCACCUUUUCCUGAGCCUCCAUGCUCCACUUGGUUAUCGCUUUUUUUAUUUUUAAAUUCCCCGUAAUUAUUUUGGUGGCAUUGGACUUUUCUCCUAACUUUCAACAAAGCUGUGACUGUCCCCUGUGUUGAGCAGCAUCGUGUUUUAGUGUUAUUCCAUAACAGGGUAGAGCACUUUUUGGUUUCAAAAUAUUACGUGACACUCCUUUUUUUUUCACCAAAAGACUUCCUGAUAUAGAGUGGGAAUGAUAAAGCUGUGGAAUCACGGGAGCACAUUUUGUGGUGUUUUUGUGAAUAAUUUGUGUUGCUCUCUUUUUUUUGUGCAAGCCCCUGUUUUUGCUUGGUGCCAACGCAUUUCCUCAA